AUGCCUAAGCGUUGCUGUGUACCAGGCUGCAAGGUAAACUACGAGGCAGAAUUGAGAUCGACACCCUACAGGUCAAUGUUUCGAUUUCCAAAAAAUGAGGAGUUGAAAACCGGCGAUUUUUUAUCACUGUCCUGCGCGGCACUGUUGGCGUUCGGAGGCGGCGGUCCGCCAGGACCCCCUCUGUCGGGACCCCCCGGACCCGGACCGCCGGCGGGGGGCCACGAGUUGCCCCCCGGCAUAGGCGAUUCACCUCCCGGACCACCGUUGCCCGUCGGCCCCCCACCUGGACCCGGGCCCCCAGGUCCCGGACCGCCCGGACCGCCGUGGAAGCCUUAUAUCUAG